UGUAUACCCAUUUGUGUUAUUAAAUAUGUGGAUUAAUAGGUAUGAUUUUAUUAGCUGUGUAUUUGUGAAUUCUUGUUUCAAAGAGUUCAGUUCAUUUUGUUAAUCUGUUAAUUACUAGAUGCAAGUUUUUGUCUUAUCUUCUAAGUUGUUAGAUUUUCCCUUUUUCGGACUUAUUUUUAGUUUUCAAAGAGUAGUCAAAAUUAUGUUGAUGUAGUAUUUAGGAGUUAAUAAAUACAUAUUUAGGUCCUUUGUGGAUGUUCUAAUGAAUUUGCUGCUAUUUCUGGUGCUUCAUGAUAACUUUGCUCAUUUAUCCAUGUUUUAAAUUACAUGUUUAACUCCCGAUUUCAUGAGAAUUUCAUCAAUUAGUUGUUGCUUUUUUUAAGUUUUGGAUCUGUUCGGUUCCUAAAAUGUCUAUUGUAUGUCGAUUUUCUGUCCAAUUUUUGGUUCUUCGAAUAUUUUAUUCUUGUAUGUAAAUAUUCAUUGAAUCCAAAGUAACACUUGAAAGUAUUAUAUAUGCUACUCUUAUAAUGAAAUAAGGUCCGGGAAAAGGCCACACCCUCAAAGGGUGUGACAUGAAAUUCUUCUCGAUAUCUUUAUCUCUCUAUGUCCUCCUAGUUUUGUGUCAACUUACUCCAUAGUUGUAAUCACUGGGUAAAUAGAAAAGGUAAAACAUUACAUUAGAUAGUUCGCAUUACUUAAGACUUCAGCUCAAUGAAGAUAAUGCAAUUUUUUUUUUUAUAUUUCAUUGUAGGUAAGUAUAUGAUGGAUAAGAAUUGGAUACUUAUUAAGAAUAGGAGAUUACCAGAAUACUUGACCGGUAUGGAACAAUUUUUAAACUAUGCAUUUUCCAAUCCUGAGGUUGGUGUAACAAUCCAGUGUCCGUGCAUUAAAUGUAACAAUGUGCUUUGGAAAACGAGAGAAGAAGUGGAGUUAGAUUUACUUAAAUGGGGAAUAGAUCCAACAUAUGAUAGGUGGAUUUUUCAUGGUGAGUCGGAUUCAUCUUCGGAUGAUGAAAUAAAUUCUGGUGCAGAUUCAGAUUUAGGCAAUGACGAUGCUUCCACUUUUGAAAUGUUACAUGACAUGUAUCGUGGUUUUCCUUCUAAUAAUUAUGAGUUUGAUGAGACCAAUGAGUCUAGAAACGAAGAGCCUAACACAGAAGCAAAGAGUUUUUAUAGUUUAUUAAAGGACGCAAAGCAAAAGUUAUAUCCAGAUUGUCAAAAGUUCUCGAAACUCUCUUUUGUAAUGCGCCUUUUUCAAAUGAAGUGUCUGCAUGGCUGGAGUAAUACUUCGUUUGACUCAUUGUUGAAAUUAUUGGGUGACGCUUUUCCGAAAGAAAAUGUGCUCCCUAAUUCUAUUUAUGAAGUUCAAAAGAUCAUUAAAGAUUUGGGUUUAGAUUAUGUGAAGAUAGAUGCAUGUGUUAAUAAUUGCAUCUUAUAUAGAAAGGAGCAUGUAGAUCUUGAGCAAUGCCCUAAAUGUGGUGAGAAACGAUGGAUAGUAAGGAAAGAAAAAGAUCGAUGAUGAGGUUGCUUCAAGAAAUUUGACUAAGAAAAAUAAAGGAAUUUCUAGAAAGAUUCUUCGAUACUUUCCUUUGAUACCACGAUUACAACGGUUGUAUAUGACAAAACAAACGGCCGAAGAUAUGAGGUGGCAUAAAAAUAAGCGAGUUGAGGAUGGAGUACUAAGGCAUCCAGCUGACUCAUUAGUGUGGAAAACUUUUGAUGAAGAACAUCCGACUUUUGCUUUAGAUCCACGUAGUGUAAGGCUUGGACUUGCUUCAGAUGGUUUUAAUCCGUUUGGUUCUAUGAGUAAUGCUUAUAGCAUGUGGCCAGUAGUCUUGAUUCCAUAUAAUCUUCCCCCGUGGCUAUGCAUGAAACAAUCUAAUAUUUUGUUGUCCUUGCUUAUUCCUGGCCCAAAAGGCCCUGGUAUGAAUAUUGACGUGUUCCUCCAACCUUUGGUUGAUGAUUUGAAAACCUUAUGGGAGGGUGGAAUCGAUACUUAUGAUGCUUUUAGGAAACAAAAUUUUAAAUUGCGUGCUUCUUUGUUGUGGACAAUUAAUGACUUUCCAGCUUAUGGUAUUUUGUCUGGUUGGAGCACUAAAGGUAAAUUAGCUUGUCCUAUUUGUCAUGUACAUACUUGUUCCAUUUACUUGAAACAUGGUCGAAAGCUUUGCUAUAUGGGUCAUCGUAGGUUCUUGGAGAAAAAUCAUUCUUAUCGUCGGAAUAAAAGUUCUUUUGAUAACACAAGGGAAGAAAGACUUGCACCAGAAGCUUUGAGUGGAGAUGAUGUGCUUGCACAACUAAAUACAUCCUCACAAGGGUCAAUCGACUACAAUGCAAGAAAAAGAAAACGAGAUGUUGGAAGACCUGACAAUUGGAAGAAGAAAAGUAUAUUCUUUGAACUUCCAUAUUGGAGGACUGUAUUAUUGAGACAUAAUUUGGACGUAAUGCAUAUUGAAAAAAAUAUUAGUGAAAGUGUGAUUGGAACACUGUUAGAUAUUGAAGGAAAAACAAAGGACACAUUGAAAUCUCGAUUGGACAUACAAGAGAUGAGAAUAAAAAAGCCACUCCAUCCAAUAAAAAGUGGGGAUAAGUAUAUACUUCCUCCGGCAAGUUAUACAAUGUCUAAAACUGAGAAGCUUCAGUUUUGUCAGCUUAUCAAAGAAGUCAAGUUUCCUGAUGCUUAUGCUUCUAACAUUAGUCGUUGUGUCAAGGAAGCUAGAAUUUUUGGACUUAAAAGUCAUGACCACCAUGUUCUUUUUCAGCGUAUUUUUCCACUUAUCAUCAAAGGGAUUUUGCCAAGGGAUGCUUAUGAUCCAUUAAUUGAAUUGUCAUUGUUCUUUAGUGAUUUGUGUGCUAAAGAGUUGCAUGUAGAAAAGUUAGAUCAACUAGAUAAAAGUAUACGGAUGACAAUCUGUAAGUUAGAACGUGUGUUCCUGCCGACCUUUUUUGAUGUUAUGAUUCACUUGGCAAUUCAUUUGGCAAACGAGGCGAAGUUGGCUGGUCCCGUUCAAUAUCGAUGGAUGUAUUACAUCGAAAGAUAUUUGCGCACAUUAAAAAAUUAUGUACGCAACAAAUCUCGUCCAGAAGGAUCAAUUCUUUGAAGGCUAUCUUGCAGAGGAGUGCAUGACAUUCUGUUCUAAAUAUUUAACAGAUAUAGAGACCAAGGAAAAUCGCCCGGAUAGAAACUUUAAUUCUUCCAAUAUAGAUCCCAACGGUUUAUCCAUAUUCAAUUGUCCUGGUAAGCCAUUACCAGGGGGUUCCUGGGAAGAAUUGAGUGCUCUUGAAAUAAAACAAGCUCAUUUUUACAUCCUCCAAAAUUGUGAGGAAGUCCGUCCUUGGACUGAGUAAGAUACCUUUCAUUUAGUUUACUUCCUUUUCUUCUUAUGAACCUCUCAACAACUAUGUUCUAAUGCUUUUUUCUUGUUUUUUCUUAAAAAAAAAAAAUCAUAAUCCAUAGGGAACAUCUAGAAAUAUUAACAAAGGAGAACAAUAGAAAUGUUGCCAAGAGGCACAAGGAGGAAUUUCCUUUGUGGUUUGAAGAAAAGGUAAAUAAUAUCAUUUGAAGCUAGUUUAUCUUUAUUUAGGACAAUUUGUGAAUUUUACUUUCAAAGUAGUAUUAAUGUUUGAGUUUGUAAUUAACAUAAUAUAGGUGGUACGGUUAAAAGAGAAUGGUGAUGGACGAAUUACUGAUGAAUUACUAGCUUUGGCAAGAGGUCCGGAUCCUCGUGUUUAUUGUCAUAAUGGUUAUACCUUGAAUGGCUUUAGGUUCCGAACAAUGGAAUCUGAGUUAUGUUUAAAAACGCAAAAUAGUGGUGUGGUUGUAAAGAGUGAUGAGCAUACGGAAAAUGCUGAUUAUUUUGGAAAGAUCAGAAAGAUUUUAAAGAUACCAUACAUAAGCAAUAAUUCUGUCAUAUUAUUUCAAUGUGACUGGUUUGAGGUUCCGUCUCAAGGUCGAAGUCAAACUAGAGGUUACAAAAGGGACGAAUAUGGAUUCAUAUGUGUAGAUGUGACACGGAUCCAUUACACAAAUGAUCCAUUCAUUUUAGGCUCGCAAGCUCAAUCUGUGUAUUAUCUUAAACAUGGUCAAAAUGAGAAAUGGCAUGCAGUGGUAAAGGUCAGACCACGAAAUCUGUACGAUGUACCUGAACAAGAAAAUGAAACAGAGCCUUAUCAACUAAUUGACUUGGUUGAAAGGGGAGAAGCAAG